ACUCCCUCUUGUUCUCUCUCUCUCUCUCUCUCGCGGGGACAAACAAUGGCGACUUCACGAUUCCAUGUAACAUCUACUCGAACAAAUCCCUUCACAGGCUGCAAUUCCAUGUCUAGAUUCAUAGAUUUCAGUUCUAGGAACAGCAACUUCAAGCUGCUAUUGGUCAGAACCUCUAAUUCUCAACAUUUCAGACGAUCUCUCGUAGUUAGGAAUGUUGCCAGUGAUCAGAAACAAAUAUUGAAGGAACCUGUCACUGAAGAAGGAGUUGCUACUUCUCCGGAUUCCUUCACUCCUGAUUCCGCGUCUAUUGCGUCAAGUAUCAAGUACCAUGCUGAAUUUACACCGUUGUUCUCUCCGGAGCGCUUUGAUCUCCCUAAGGCUUACUUUGCAACUGCUGAAAGUGUUCGUGACUCACUCAUCAUAAAUUGGAAUGCGACGUAUGACUACUAUGACAAGAUCGAUGUGAAACAGGCGUACUAUUUAUCCAUGGAAUUUCUACAGGGUAGAGCGUUGCUCAAUGCAAUUGGUAAUUUGGAGCUCACUGGCCCAUAUGCGGAGGCUUUGAACAGGCUCGGAUACAGUCUGGAGAAUGUGGCAAGGCAGGAACCAGAUGCUGCACUUGGAAAUGGUGGACUAGGCCGGCUGGCAUCCUGUUUUUUGGAUUCUCUAGCGACAUUGAAUUACCCUGCCUGGGGUUAUGGACUUAGAUACAAGUAUGGCUUGUUUAAGCAGAACAUUACAAAAGAUGGUCAGGAGGAAGUUGCAGAGAAUUGGCUUGAGAUGGGAAAUCCUUGGGAAAUUGUAAGGAAUGAUAUUUCAUAUCCUAUCAAGUUCUAUGGCAAGGUUGUCACAGGAUCAGAUGGGAAGAAACAUUGGGUUGGAGGCGAAGAUAUAAAGGCUGUUGCAUAUGAUGUUCCCAUUCCUGGAUAUAAAACUAAAACUACAAUCAACCUUCGACUAUGGUCCACAAAAGUGUCAUCAGAUGAUUUUGAUUUAGGUGCCUUUAAUGCUGGGGAGCAUGCCAAAGCGUACGAGGCGCAUACAAAUGCAGAGAAGGUUUGCAUGAAUUCAGGAUCAAUAAAAUCUUGGUCAUUGUAUUUUUCACUGCUUAAUUUGAACCCCACUCUCUCUUACAUUUGA